GGAGCAUGUGCGGCGUCGUGUUGCUGCUUUAAAAUUGCUUAAUCCCAGGCAGGCAAUGAAACCUAAAAUCGCGUAUUUAGAUUUCCUUAUCCAGGUUCCCAAUGCAACCUAGGAAAUCAAAAGGGUACACCUCAGAGCCCUUUAAUGAACCAUGCCGAUAUCGGGUAGCAGUAUUAGGCGCGGCUCAUUGCGAAAUCGCCCAAGCUCUACUCAGCGCUCCGACGAUGUCCCUGGCUCCCAGUCAACGGAACAGCCCACGGUCUUCAAGCUGCAGCUCAGGCCGCUUGAGGAGCCGGAAAGCUUUAAGCCUACCGUGCAGCUUGUAUCACGGGAGUUCGCGACCCGCUAUCUGGAGUCAGUGGGCGUGCGGCCCAGCAAGGCGACCAUGGAGCUCGUCAACCGUAAUGUGCCGCUCACAGAGGCACACAUCAAGACGACGCUCAGGGCCAAGGGCCACGUGGAGGACGAGAUCCACAUCAGCGUGCCCCCCGUGACGCACCACUACCGGGUGCCGGUCUUCAUCACCCCGGCGGCGGUGCUGCAGCUGGGCAUUGGGAACAGCGUGCUGGGGCCAGAUGGGGCGGCGGAGCACGAGGGUCCCCAGUCCGUCCUGGCCGCGACCACCGCCUCCUCCAGUGGGCGCCCCGACCACCGGCCUGCCAGCCGCAGCAGCGACAACACCGCCUCCAGCAGCGGCGGCGGGGCGGCCGCGCAGGUGUCCCGAGGGCCCGGCGGCACGGACUUCCUAGACAUGGCCGCACGCUACCUACACCCCUUCAACAUGGACCUCACACUCGCACGACAAAACAUCGCUGCACUCUACGCCGUUCGACGACAUAAACUCUAUUUCGGCGACGAUACUCGUACGACAGGCGGAGGCGGCAGCGUUUCCAGCAGCUUGCGGCGGCCCUCGACCACCUCGGCUGCGCAGACCGGCAGCUGCGGCAGCAGCCUGACGGCGAGCGGCCGGCGGGCGGGGUCGGAGCGCGGCGGGCGGCGGCCUGGCAGCCAGCCAUCUCGGGAGUACGGCGGGCUGUCGUACGACCCUGCCAAGCUGGAGGUGCUGGAGGAGCUGCUGCAGCCGCUGUUGGUGACGCCAGAGGUGGUGCUCACGCUGCAGGCCCAGCUGGAGGCCGCCCUGGCUGACUGGCACCGGCACCAGGCGCCCGAGGCGCUCAAGGGGCGGCUGACGGCGGAGGAGUUCCGGCGCACGCAGGAGGAGCUGAGCAGCGAGGGCAUGGUGAAGCUGCUCAUCACGCUGGUCAACUUCCUGCACGAGGAGCUCAUACGCGGACACCCAGCCUACCCGGCACACCUGGAGCCCAGGCUAAGCUCUCGGGAGGCUGCGCGCUCCAGCCAGGGCCGCCGCCAGGAAUCUAUCCUGGGGGAGCGCGGGCUGCUGCCGGGAGGAGGCAGUGCGGCGGCCGACGGCGGCAGUGCAGGCAGCAGCCGGCGCAGUGCCACCGGCAGCGCCACCCUUCGGGGCGGCAUGCAAUUGCCCAGCAACAUUAGCAUUCAACAAAUGACCAACCUGCAAAAGUACGACCUAGGCUACCAAGCUUAUGUACGGCAGAAGCUGGAGCAGCGGCAGACACACGGCUCCAGCUCCGCAGGUGGACCUCGGUCGCUGCGUAGUGCUGAGACGACCAUGGGGUACCGCAGCCGGAGCGAUAGCAUGGGUGGCGACCGGUUACAGACGCCGUACACCCCCGGUCAACAGCACCAGCAGUAUCCAUCUCAGCAGCAGCAACAACAACAAACUGGUCCUAGCCUCACAGACACCCAACGCGUUUCCUUUGCCGCCGCGCCGCACUACAACUCCCUUCCCAGCAGUCCCCAGCACGACAGCCGCCCCAUCUCCCCACCCCAGCUGCCUCUACGCGGCCCCUCCUCCUCCCUGCUAGGUCCCCUCAACCUGCCUGGCUCCCGCUCCGGAGCCUCCUCUCCCGCCUUCAACGCCCGCCGCGCAAUCUCACCCGCCAGCUCCUCAGAGCUCGACUCCUCGCCCAUCCCCGGUCUGCCACCCCGCGUCGGCCGCGCGCUGCGCCACAGCCCCUCAUUCGCACUCGCCUCCGCCGCCAGCACCGCGCGCUCCAUCCACGCCUCCCUUGACGCUGCCGACACGGCGGCGCUGCAGCGCGAGCGGCUCUUUGCGCUGCAUGUGGAGUUCGCCUCGCGCUUCAAGGCGCUACGUCAGAGCCGCUCCGGCAUGUUUUUCACGCUGCCCAUUCUGCUGCUUGCCAUGCGGUUAUGCGUCAACAUGCUGUUCAGCACCCUCUACCCGCUGUGGACGCGCAUGCCGGAGGGUGCGGAGACGCUAGAGGACAUGGACGCGGCGCUGCGGGCGCUGUUCGAUCCGCAUGGUUACCUGGAGCGCGCGCUGAGCCUGCUGCAGAGCACGCCCUCUGCAAUAGAGGCGGUGACUCGGCACCCGCAGCGGCGUGGCACGGAGCGGCAGCACUUUAACGACACGAGUCCGCUCAUGCAGGCGACGUUGCAGGGCGCCAAGUCGGCGGGUGCUCGCAAGCUCAUGAAGUCGUCGGCCAACCAGCCCCCGGGCCGCAGCCUUUUGCGCACGCAGCUCACGCCGGAGCAGCGCGCCGCGUUGUUCCAGUUGGGGCUGCAGUGGAUGCAGCAGUCGGACCCCGUGCUGUCGCAGAUCGGAGAGCCGCAGGCAGUUGGGCGGCUCUGACACCGCAGCGACGCAGAGGCGGAUUGAAAGAUGGGCUGGGCCGCAACCGGAAGGAUUUAUUUGGCUGGACGCCACACGCUCAGCAUGGGUAGUUGUGUUUGGUACUGCUUUCGCAAGAUGUUGUUGGCGGGGGCUCAAGGUAUUUAUGUCCUUCUUACGCUGUCCCGCAUACAAGAUGCGGCUAGAUUGUGUAGUGUGUAAUGUGGACGUGCAUGAUAGGUGUACAACUGUACAUGGACCCUGCAUAGACACAGCGUGAAUGCCUGCCGGAGUGCAGAUGUGUAAGCGUCGGUAGAGCUCUAGUUAUGCAUAGCUGGGUCAGCGGUUGGUCUGUAGGCACUUGAACGCCCUGUAGAGUAAGGGCUGGAAUGGUGGUUAUUGUUGUAUACUUGGACACGACGUAUGUGACUGUCACAGUGUUACCUUGCUCUAGAGGACAUGCUUAAACCUGGUCUAGGAGGACAGGCAACCGGAAACCCGCUGUCUGUCAGGCCUAAGCGCCUAUCUCGUGGUGUUCAUGCAUGUCUGGAUUUUGUUAGAAACGGAAGAUGGGAUACAGAGACUCGGUAGGCCAGAUACUCGUUAGUAGCGGCGGAUAGGGUAUUUCUCUGAUAUGGUCCUUGCAGGCCCUAUGAUAGCAUACGGUGUGCGUGUGCGGUUCUGUUUACCCUGGUGAGCGUGUGUGUGCUCCGUGCGGUACUCUAGCGCUCCGCUGCCUGCACACGGCAUGGGCGCCACCCGAAAAGGCAUUAGGCAUAGCAGGUGUAUCAGGGGCGUGGGCUUUGCUGGGCAUGGCAGGAAGACGGCCAUGGCGUUCCGUGGCUUGCGCUUCGACCGGCCAUGAGCCCGGUAUCAACCGUCAAAUGUUGACACCCCAAAGCG